GGUGGGCCCGAGGCGCAAGAGGAAGAUGAGGACGAAGAAGAGGCGCUGCCGCACUCCGAGGCCAUGGACGUGUUCCAGGAGGGUCUGGCUAUGGUGGUGCAGGACCCGCUGCUCUGCGAUCUGCCGAUCCAGGUUACUUUGGAAGAAGUCAACUCCCAAAUAGCCCUAGAAUACGGCCAGGCAAUGACAGUCCGAGUGUGCAAGAUGGAUGGAGAAGUAAUGCCUGUGGUUGUAGUGCAGAGUGCCACAGUCCUGGACCUGAAGAAGGCCAUCCAGAGAUACGUGCAGCUCAAGCAGGAGCGUGAAGGGGGCAUUCAGCACAUCAGCUGGUCCUAUGUGUGGAGGACGUACCAUCUGACCUCUGCAGGAGAGAAACUCACAGAAGAUAGAAAGAAGCUCCGAGACUAUGGCAUCCGGAAUCGAGACGAGGUUUCCUUCAUCAAAAAGCUGAGGCAAAAGUGAGCCUCCAGACAGGACAACUCGCUUCAUCACUGGUGGCUGAGCUUUUUCCCAGCAGGAUCGGCUCCUCGAGUCAUUGUGCCUCUUUCACAGAAAGGAUGUUGUGUUGGCCUCACCCCAGGCAUGCCCAACAGGAACUGUCAGCAUAAACCUGGGGGCCCUCAGGACUAGGACAGGGUGAGCCAGUGCUCCCUUCUUUCAUGCACUUGGCCUGAGACUGACCUCUCCCUGGGUCCAAAUGCCCUAGUCACAUGGCAGAGCCACGGCCUGGCCCUGUGUAUAAAAUAAACCUGUUUGCUUCUUGGUUUGAAAAGUAAAAA